AUGUCCCUCGCCGCGGGCUCCUCGCUCGCGCCCGCGGGACCGCGGCGGCUCCCGCUCCACUGUCUUUGCGCUCGAGGACGAUUGUUCGCGAUGAAGGACCGCAAUCGUAAUAAUGCACGCAAUCCAAUUAGCGAGCGCUCGGCGACCGAUCAGCUAUUCUCUGUGAGGCCGGGAUCAACGUCAGGCCGGCUUAACGUCGCGCGGACGCCCUUUGCCGUCUCAUCUCGAUUUAAAUGCGCGCACGGAUCGCCCGCACCCGUCUCUAUUAUAUAUCGUACGACACGAAACGCUAGCGGAGAGCGGCUCGUGCGUUUAAUCUGCGAAAUGUCUCCGCUGUUUGCUCACAGAAUAAACAGAAUCUGCGAGAGCUCGUUAAAUUGUCACGCUCCGCGGCUCAAGCAAAUAAGCGACGAUUCCAAGUUCUCGGCUUCUAUCGGAGAAUUGACGGUGGUGGAACGCACGAGCACGCCGUCGUCGACGACCACGUCGGCCACCGUGACGACGGUGUCAGCGGGCGACUGCGCCAUCUGCCUCACCGCGAACGCCACGAGGUGCGUCACACCGUCGAACGCGAAGCAGUACGGCCUCGACGGCGCCUCGGCCGGGGAGAAGGUGUGCGAGGGCUGCCACUGCCAGUUCGUGCGAGCGAGACGGAGCAGGUGCACCGUCCGCACGUGCUCCAACCCGCGCACCAAGCGCCUCCGCCAUCUGCCGCCCCGGUGGCACGACUUGUCCCUCGACGCAAAGAAGCCCAUCGUCGACGAGUUCAAAAUCCCGAGCACUCUCAGCAAAUGCUGUCUCACGUGUUUCAAGCGAAUAACGAGACGAUUGGACGCGAUAGAGGGAGGCGGAGCGCCGGAACCGACCGAGGAGGAGAUCUCUCGCUUCAAGGGCUUCCUGAGGGAGUAUGGCACCUCCUGGGACAAGAUGGCUACCGCCAGCGGUCGCCCGCCCGCUAGCCUUAAAGCUUUUUACUUCACGUAUAGAAGAAAACUCCAGCUCGACACGUCGCUGACUGAGAGACAGCCGAUAAAGGGCAGCGAUUCGGACGACAGUCUCGUCAGUUCGGGGGACACGGACACGGCGAGCGCGGGGUCACCUCGGCCGCCCCCCCUUCCGGGACCGCGGACGGACGCCGUGGCCCCCAGGAGACACCGCAGAGAUGAGUACGACUCCUCCGCGACGGAGACUGCUGACGAGGAAAACGAAGCGCCCAGUGCGAAGACUGCCGCGAACGGAGUUAGCGCGGCGAGCGUUGUAAACGCAGUUAGCGGAGUCAGCGCGGUGACAGUGGCGAGUUCGACUCCUUGUGUAACUGCACACCCGCUGCUGACAGUUCGCGACGUAGUAUCGAACAUGAUCGAGGUCAGCCUAAUGAAGAACUCUAGACCGCCCCUGCACUCACUUCCGCCUAAGCAACAGCCGCAACAGCAGGCCAACCAUGAACUGGCCACUCUGACCGUGGUGAGCGGGUCGCACCACAGCAACGCUGCUGUUUCGCCCCGAGGGGCCACCAUCACGCCAGUACCGCCAGAGAGCGCUCCCGAAUUAGUUCUGCUGCAAGUGGAACGACCGCCCGCCUCUGCCCCUAACGCCACUCAAGCAGACUCACUCCUAGAUCUCACGGUCAAGAGGCCGCGACUCGAACGACAUCCAACGCCUUCCCCAUAUCGAAGCACGGAGUACCAGCCGAGCUACCGACCGCCGCCCGAGCGGGAGUCGCCUACCCAAUACAAUGCAAAACCCAAGCCGGUCGCGUCUCCGCGCCCCGCGAUGAAACUCCCCAACCCUAAAGACCGGCUCUAUCACGGCGGGGACUCCGGUACACGCUCCGCACCAUCUGCCGGACAAACGCUACUUCGACAGGCGGAGAAGUCCCGGCGGAGGGUACUACGGGGCAGCCAAUCAACCGAGACCCCAGUCUCCGCAAUCCUUCUCAACGCCGACAAACACCGCGGUGGCGCGCGGCCCCUAUGGCCUCGAGCGGCGCCAGAUAAUGUUAACGGAUUUCAUUACGUCGCAACAAAUGCACCCGGGUGCGCGAAGAGAUCGAGAGCCCCACCAGCAACACCAGACGCACCAACAGCACCAGCAAAUCAGCAGCAUCAACACCAACAGCACCAACCGAUGCAGCAGCACCAAAUACACCAGAUCAGGCGGGAUCGAGACGCAGUGUCGGUCAUUCAGAGGCAUUCGCAUACGUACUCGCACCCCGUGCCUCCGCCCGGUCACGAAGCGUUCACUUCUCUGGUGAAUGCGGCGUCGGCGGCCGCGGCAUUGCCGGUUCCCCGCUCACGAGAACCGGAUUCCGAUGCCAUGCUCCACCAGCUCCAGCAUCAUCAGCAGCAUCAACACCAACAGCAUCACGAUAUCAGGAACAGUAGAGAGUUUCCGACAAACCAGAAAUACGUGGGGUCAAGCGCCGCCGCCGCCGGUUACCCGCCCGAUAUGGAGAGGAGACCAUACGAUAGAGAAAGACAGUCCCAACAGCCGCCAAGGGAUAGCCGUGAACGUCUGGUGUCUAUGGGCACGAGGCGCUACGUGAUAGACGAGCGACCCGCGCACCCGCAGAUGAUGCACGACCACCACCACCCGCAUCCGCAGCAGGUAGUUUCGAGUCAAGAUGACAAACGAUUUAGUAACAACAGCGCAGCGUACAGCAUAGCGGGAAAACCGCGCGCGGCGCUCGCGCAAACGCUCGAAAGGAAGGAUAGCCGCGGCCCGCAAGUGAGUUGCGCGGCGACAGUUAGCAGUUCUAGUGUGGGCGGCGGGCCUCCCGUGGCCGGCAACGCACCCGGCGCGCCCGCCGGACCGCCCGUGCCCGGUGGUGCGCCCGUAGCGGAACGAGGCCGAGCGACCGACGGCACCCUGACAGCUGCGUCGCUCAUAAACGCUAUUAUCACGCAUCAGAUCAGUCAGACUUCAGAUCAGAGAUUUCCCAUAAUUCGCGAGAGCGACGCGGGCGGUCAGCAGCCCGAGAGAGGCCCCGCGGGGACGGAGAGGCGCGACGAGCAACCGAUGACGAGCGCGGCGCACACCACGAGCAUCAAGCUGGGGGACCUCGCCUCCAACAUCAUUGUCAGGGACUUCAGCAGCCCCAACACCACCGCGCUCAUUCACCACAAUAACCGGCUACUCCCGAACGCAGACUCUUACCAACCGAGUAGCGUGGCCAGUAGCGUGUCGGGCGCAGCGGCGAGCGGACCGGGCGCGGUCGUCACCAGCGCGGCGAACUCGGUCGACGAGUGGCGGAGAGACAACAAGCACUCUUACUUCGAGCCCGUCUCGCCCACCGACAACCCGCCGGCCAGCCGCAGCGACAACAGACAUUUCUCGAGCGGCGUGAGCGGGGUGAGCGGCGUGAGAUGCGGCGUGCUGACGGCCUACGACUACGUGACUGCGCGGAUCGUAGACGUGAUGCGAAACGACUCCGACGCGAAGCUGCCCUUCAGCGGCGAGACCAAAUUGCCCUUCAACACGCCCUACACUUACCCCUACUCGGCGCUCAACGUCGCCACCCCGGCCGACCCCAGCAGCGGGCCUCCCUCGGGCGGCGUGGUGACGAGCGCUCCGCCCCCGAGCGGGCCGGCGGCGCCCGAGCCGGCUCCCCUCAUGUCGGCGCAGUACGAGCCCCUCUCGGACGAGGACUGA